CUGGCUGUCCCGGCCAGGGCAAGUGCAGCUGCUUCAGGAUGAGGUGGCAGACGGGAGGCAGCGCAGGUGGCCAAGGCAAAGUCGCAGCCAGAGAAAAAUGAUGAAUGGAGCAGCGGGACUCUCGCACAUGGACCGUCGCGAGCGGGUUCUCAAGUUAGGCGAGACUUUUGAGAAGCAGCCGCGCUGCGCCUUCCACACCGUACGCUAUGACUUCAAACCUGCUUCUAUUGAUACUUCCUGUGAAGGUGAGCUUGAAGUCGGCAAAGGUGAACAGGUGACAAUAACUCUGCCCAAUAUAGAAGGUUCAACUCCACCAGUAACUGUUUUCAAAGGUUCAAAGAAACCUUACUUAAAAGAAUGCAUUUUAAUUAUUAACCAUGACACUGGAGAAUGUCGACUAGAAAAACUCAGCAGUAACAUCACUGUAAAAAAAACAAGAGUUGAAGGGAGUAGUAAAAUUCAGUAUCGUAUAGAACAACAGCAGCAACAAAUGCGAUAUUCAUCUAGGACUCCCAAUCUUGUGAAACAUUCUCCAUCUGAAGACAAAAUGUCCCCAGCAUCUCCCAUGGAUGAUAUUGAAAGAGAACUGAAGGCAGAAGCUAGUCUAAUGGACCAAAUGAGUAGUUGUGAUAGCUCAUCAGAUUCCAAAAAUUCAUCAUCUUCAAGUAGUGAGGAUAGUUCCAGUGACUCAGAUGAUGAACAGUGUACAUCCUCUCCUUCUGAGCCAGGGAAUUAUAUCUCAGGACAUCCUGCCAUGUCUGCCAUUGCACAUGGCAGGAUUUCUGAUAUGGAUGCUGGCCAGAAUAGACUUCAUGACAAUAGUGGCCUUCUGAUGAAUACUUUAAGAAAUGAUUUGCAGCUGAGUGAAUCAGGAAGUGACAGUGAUGAUUGAAGAAACAUUCAGCUAUAAAUAUAAAAUUUGUAAGAUGUGAUAUUUAUUUUAUAUUAAGAAUAAAGAUUCCUAAUACUGAAGAAAAUGUAUCUUAACAUUUUAUGAUAAAAGAAAUUUAAUUUGGCUGAUGUUAUAUUUUUGACCUUUUUUAAGUACUAGCAUUUUCAUGUGCUUUCUGUUUAUUAGGCUGUACAGAUGAGAAAACAGACAUUAGGUAACUUGCCCACAGGUUGUUAGUUAACAAGUGGCAGAUCAAAUGUUCUAGAGUACAAGUUUAAUACUCUGUUUUAAAAUACUGAUGUCUCACAAUUGUGAAAUGUCAAAGCAAUUGAUUUAUAAUAAAUGCACAUGGUUUUAA